GCUUAUCGCGCUCCUUACUGAUGACAGAUGACAGGCAACUCGCAGCCCCCGCCAUUGAAGUGUUGAUCCAAAGCAUGUACCACCAAACAAGCUUGCAGAUCGCAGUUUAUAAAGAAACGCCUGCUGCAAGCGAGACAUCCAAUCCAACCAAGCAGCAGCGGCGCAGCACCGCACAAGCGUCGUCCUUGAUCGAUCGAUCCGCUCCCGCCACCGCCACCACCAUGACGCCAGCGAGCAUUGAUCCCUGCUCCGACCACAGCUACGAGCUCCCCCUGCGACGGAACCUCCUGCUCCUGCUCGACCUCCUAGGCCUCCUCCGCUUCGUCGCGGCGGUGCUCCUCGAUCGCCUCGGCGUCGUGUCGUGCGAGGGCGGCGGGGUGCAGCUGCCCGGACGGACCUGGGGGCGCGGAGGAGUGCGUGCCGACUACGACGAUGCGGCCGUGGAGCGCUUCAUUGAGGCGAUGUUGUGGGCGCCCCGCUCGCCGGUGACCGGGACAACGCGGGCGCGCACGGCGGCGCUGUACAGGCGACGGCGGCGGGUUGCGCAGCCGGCGGACGACAAGGACGGUGGCGAGGGCGCGGCCGUCUGCGCGAUUUGCUUGGCGGGGCUGGGGGCCGGAGGGUGCGAGACGGUGGUGGAGCUGGGUGUGUGCUCGCACGCGUUCCACGCCGCGUGCAUAGACGCGUGGGCCGGCACCGGCGAGGCGGCCACCUGCCCGCUGUGCCGCGCGCCGAUGUCGUUGCCCACGGCGUGGGACGACGGGCGGCAGGGCUCGUGCCACGCUAGCUCGCCCCGGUGACUGAGCUCUCCGUCUCGGUUCCUUUCGCAGUAAUGGCUGCCUCAACACGUACGUCGAUCGAUAGAUAAAUGUACUGUGCCCGGAAAGAGGCAUUCGCGUAUGCGUAUUGCCUACCAGGUUAACACUGUAGCUUGCUCGGAUUUAUGCUUUUUCGCCGAAGCGUCCAAUGCUUUUUCCCAGAAGACUGAUCAUAUAUAUGCUACAGUCUACGGAGUACUAGUGUACGGCAAGAGAUGUGAUCAAGGGCCCAAGAGAAGUAGAGAUGCCACACCGGCGGUGCUCUACUGCAACUUGAGACUCGAAAUGGAAUUAGUUUGCGCUGUUGCGUAAGAAAUGGAAUUGAUUUUUCUUACAAAUUGUCAAUUAUGUCUCGAGUUUAUUAAGUACCUUUCAGCACCACAAUACCACA